AUGGCUGGCACAGCCCCAGAAGAUCAGGAACGAUUGAUUCGUGAAGCAGUCACCAGGGAUCCCGGUCAGCCUCGGCCACAAGGAACAAUUCCAUAUUGGCUGCACCGACUCCAUCCAUUGGCUGCUCACCACUCGCCUUCUUUGCCAUCAAGUGCCGAUGUGGUAAUAAUUGGUUCAGGCAUCACCGGACUCUCUGUAGCGAGAACGGUGCUCGCAAGCAAUCCCAGUCUUCAUGUUGCUGUCCUCGAAGCACGGACGCUAUGUUCAGGCGCCACCGGCCGGAAUGGAGGUCAUUUGGUAGCAUAUGGAGGUGCCAGUUAUACCGAGCUCAAACAGAGCUAUGGACAGCCGAUGGCCACUAAGAUCAUCGAAUUUACCUUUAGGUCCAUAGAUCGGACGAGAGCCCUCAUUGAAUCUCUAGGAGAGGCGGGUGAUGCCGCCGAAUUUCGCACUGUCUCUCGGAUCCGGACCUUUAGCGACCAACCAUCAUUCGAUGAGGCUCAGGCAAGCAUCGCCGAGUUCGUCAGUGACAAUCCACAAUAUAAGGGCAUGUAUACCAUCUUCAAUGACCCCCAAACACUCCGUGAAAAGUACGAUGUCCAUGGUGUUGUUGGUGCCGUGGUUUUUGACGCCGCAGCACUUUGGCCUUAUCGCCUAGUAAUGGCGGGCUGGGAAGAUCUCCUUAAGAGCUACCCAACCCGUUUGAGCAUCGAGGCUCAAACAGCGGUAUCGCAUGUGACAUAUACACCCUUGGUAAAUUCUAGUGCUCCAUAUGCGCUAACCACGACGCGGGGUGAGAUGAGGGCGCGUCAAGUGGUAUACUGCACGAACGGCUACACUGGGAAUCUUAUACCUGGCAUCAGGGGAGCCCUCUAUCCUUAUCGUGGCACAAUGACGGUUCAAGAUCUUGGCAAUGAUGAAGACCUGCCAAAUCGAGGUGCUGAAAGAUCCUGGAGCAUUCACCAGCAGCAUGUACCAGACAAGCACGAUACGGAGGUAAUCUCCUCCGUCCACUAUCUUCAACAAAAUGCGAGCUCUGGUCAUUACUUCUUUGGUGGCGGCAAGUACGAUCCCGUUCAGGUAAUUACUGGGGACGACACAAGUGUACCAGAGUCUGGCGUCAAAUAUCUUCAAGAGCAGCUAUCUCAUUUCCUCGGCCAAAACUCCAUGCAGAGCAACAAGUUGGUAAGCUCAUGGACCGGCAUAAUGGGAUUUACUUCCGAUGACAAUCCUCUGGUUGGACGUCUGACCCCGUCAAUCACAUCUCGCAAUGGUGAUGGGGAAUGGAUGGCUGCGGGAUUCAACGGAAUGGGAAUGAGUCUUUGUGUCGCGAGUGGGGAGGCAUUGGCACAUUUGAUGCUAGGUCAAAAUGCUGAUGACUGGUUCCCUGCAGCGUUCUCCCUCAGCGAGUUGCGACUACGCAAUACCCUCAAUACCGAGAAGUCCGUCCAGGGAGUAAAACAUCUAUAUGAAGGAAGUUGCAAGCAAGCUCUGAAUGAAGAUCAACACACCUCUCGGCCUCAGGAAGUAUUAGCAUCAACCUUGAUGGCACAGUAG